AUGGGUGAAAUUACAAGGAUGGAUUUGUCCAACAACCAUUUUUCAGGAGAGUUACCAUCUGAUUUUCUAACUGGUUGCUUCUCAUUGGAAUUUUUGAACUUGUCAAACAACAAUUUUAAUGGGCAAAUAUUUCCUCAAUAUAUGAACAUGCCUGACUUGAGGUACAUAUAUUUGAACAAUAACAACUUCAGUGGAAAAAUCGGAAAAGGAUUACAAAAUUUUACAUAUUUAGAAGCCUUAGAUAUCUCCAACAACAAGGUAUCUGGUCAAGUUCCCAAUUGGAUAGGAAACUUUUCAAACCUCCAGUUUCUUCUAAUGUCAAAAAACCUUCUAGAAGGAAAUAUUCCUGUUCAAUUAAGCAAGUUGUCAUUCCUUAUCAUUUUAGAUGUCUCUGAAAAUAAGUUGACCGGGCCCAUUACAUCUUUUUCUAAUUUUUCAUCUAUCCAAGAGUUGUUCAUGCAGAAGAAUGCUUUCACAGGGCCAAUUCCAAAGUCACUUUUUAGAAGCUCUAAAUUAUUGAUGCUCAAUUUGAGGGACAACCAAUUUUCAGGAAGUAUUCCUAAUUUGAUCAUUAAGCAUUCAAGUUUACGUGUUCUUCUUUUGGGAGGCAAUCACUUGCAAGGUCCUAUACCUAGUCAGUUAUGUGAAUUAAGAAGCCUGAGCAUCUUAGAUCUUUCCAAUAAUAGACUUAAUGGAUCAAUACCUUCAUGCUUUAGUAGGAUGAUAUUUUGGAUAGGACAAAGUGAUAUUCAUAAUGAGUAUAGGUCAAUUGGUUUGGCACCUGGGCUACUGUAUAUGAAUUAUGAUUCAUAUCACUACAAUUCCAUUUUGUCAUUGAGUUUGACUGAAGAUGUUUUUCCAUAUUCAUAUCAUUCCUUUGAAGUGAAUUUUUUGACAAAGAAUAGGUACGAUUCUUACAAGGGUGACAUUCUUAACUUUAUGAGUGGAAUGGAUUUGUCAAACAAUGACUUAUUUGGAGAUAUCCCUUCAGAAAUCGGAGACCUUCAAGGAAUCAAAGCAUUGAAUUUGUCCAAUAAUUUAUUGUCAAGAUCCAUACCAAAGAGUUUUUCCAAACUUAAGAAUAUAGAAAGCUUAGAUCUUUCCCAUAAUAAAUUAAGCGGCCAAAUUCCUCGACAAUUGACCGAGUUAACCCAGUUAGCUGUCUUCAAUGUGUCGUACAACAACUUGUCUGGGUUGACUCCUAAUGAACGUCAGUUUGCUACCUUUGAUCAAAGCAGUUAUAUAGGUAAUUCUGAUCUAUGUGUUACCCUAAUCAAUAAGAGCUGCACCAGUGUGCCAACUCCACCCUUGUUACCAUCCAAUGGAGAAGAAGGAGAAGAAUCUGCAAUUGACAUGGUGGCAUUUUAUUGGAGUUUUUUUGGAUCAUAUGUCACUAUCAUAUUGGGGUUAUUGGUGAUUCUUUGGAUCAACUCACAUUGGCGUAUGCUAUGGUUUUAUUUUAUUGGUGAAUGCAUUGAUUUUUGCUUUUAUUGGCUUUCAAAAUAUGUAUCAUGCUAG